AUGCCUCCUGAUCGGUACUCACCAGAACAUGUUCCCCGUAACUCAAGAUACCCGAUAAGAGUGGCUAGAGAAGGAAUAGAAAAUGUUGUAAAGGCUUUUUCCACCAGACUCUUAAUAGAAGACAUUCCAAGAACUGUCCGAGAAGCUAAUGAAAAAGCUGAAUGGCGAAAAGCCAUGAAUACAGAAAUGGAAGCUCUAGAGAAGAACGAAACUUGGGAGAAGUGUAUCCUACCAAUAGGAAAAAAGCCAUUUGGGUGCAAAUGGGUUUUCACCAUUAAACACAAGACAGAUGGCACUAUUGAACGGUACAAGGCAAGGUUGGUGGCCAAAGGUUAUACACAGACCUACGGUAUCGACUACACUAAAACUUUUUCACCGGUUGCAAAGAUUAAUACUAUCAGGGUGUUGUUUUCAAUAGCAGCAAAUGAAGAUUGGCUACUCCAUCAAUUUGACGUUAAGAAUGCUUUCUUGCAUCGAGAGUUGAAAAAUUGA